AUGCAAUCACAGCAGUCAAAUUCAGCUGCUCCAGGGGAAAGUGCUGGGGGCCGGCCUCUUCGUGCUCUGCUCCCCGCAACAUCACCCAGGAGUGAGCCUCCGCCCACACAGUCAAAGCGAGCUCGCGUAACCCUAGCUUGCGCGGCAUGCAGAACUCGCAAAACCAAGUGUAAUGGCGAGCGCCCUCAGUGUAGUGAGUGUGCGGCUCGUGACAGCCAGUGUCAGUACAAGGAAACGGAAACUGCCCAGACCAAGCGUAAGCAUCAGGACCUAGAACAGCUGUUCGAGUUACUCAAGUCGCUGCCGUACGAGGACGCGUCCGAGACACUAGCACGAAUCAGGGCGGGUGAGGAGCCGCGGGACAUUGUCGAAACCAUUACGCAUGGCAAUGUGCUUAUGCAGAUUGCCACGGAGCUCGGGGGCAACAGGCCUAGUGCUGAUGAGAGUCCGACUAAGAGCAGGAGAGGGAGCGUCAGCGGCAUUGAAGAUGAAGAAAAGACCGAGUCUGAGAGUGCUGGCGGCGUUGGUGCUGGUGCUGGUGCUGGCAGCAGCGGGGAUACACAGGAGCUAGAGCCAAGGACGGCAGACGUACCAACGAGAGAAAAGAGCCGGUGA